CGGCGGGGGGCGGCCAUGGUGUCGCCGGCGGCGCGGCUGGUGGGGCAGGGCGUGUGGGCGGCGCUGACCGGGGGCUGGUACCACGACCCGGAGCAGGGCGCCUUCACCAACAGCUGCCACCUCUAUCUGUGGCUGUUCCUGCUGACGCUGCCCAUGGCCCUGCACCUGGCUUUUCCAGCAAAUGCAGUUACAGUUUUUGUGUACUGCAGCUUGGUGACAGUGUUCUUCACGGUAAUAAAGGUGAUCAGCUACCGUUUGCACCUUAUGUUUGAUAAAGGCGAAGUAAUUCAACAAAAGCUCUCAAGACAAAAUGGAAGGCAAUGUAAAGAGGUUCAAAAAGGAGAAGCAGUUCAGUCCUCUAAUUGUAGCAAUAACACAGGGGAUAAUGUCGUCGUUGAGACCAGCCAAAAUGAUUCUACCCAAACAAUUCACGACAGUUCAAGGGUACAGGCUCUGCACUCGCAGAACUCAUCUGGAGCAAUGGAGCUGCCAACACGGGAAACUAUUGAAGAUCUUAGAGGUGUUAUGGUAUUAGAGGACCAGGCUGCACCACCAGUUUCGUCUACCUCACCCUGUAACAAAGCAGAUAUAUUACCUGUUUAUACAACCUCCACUUCAGGUGCCACCACAUCAGCAAUAGUGACAAAACCAGCUGCUAUGGAAACACUUUCUGGUAAUGAAAUAAAUGAAAAAGGAGUGAACGAACAGCAUGGAUCCCAAGAUAUUCUUGUGGACAGAGAUGUAGCUAAAAACUUCUCCAAUAUUUCUUCAUCACAAGGUGAUAUUUUAAGGACUGGAGUUUCUUCAGAGCCAUGGGACAGUGAAAAUUCAGUUAUUUCAGACCAUUUGAGUAAUCCUAAAAGCUACAAAAGAGAGAAAUUGCCAGAUGGAUCACCACAGACAGGCUUUACCAGUAACUGCCCACAGUGCAAUGCGACCAAAGAUCACGAGCACGUGGAAGGUUCUUGCAAUGCCAGUAAUACCAAUGAGGACCUUGAUUGCUCAGACAGCGAGACUGCUGUUGCAGUUGUGGACAACUCACUUCCUGGAGACCAGCUAUGUGAGCCCAUUAAAAUUGUUAUCACAAUGAGUACUACACCAAACACCACCCUCAGCGACCUACCGGGAUCUGUCCACUUAAAGGAUCUGGAAACUGAGAGAACAAGCUCAGCCCUUGACUCUGAUGUAGUUAGAGCAGGUUGGCCAAGUCAGCAAACUAGUGAUCAGCUCAGAAUCCCUGUUAUCACUUUUGACCUGUCUGAUGACAGCAAAGGUAAGACUUGUCCAGAACUUAGUGAAAGCGAAAGAACUCCAGAAAUGUUAAGGGCAGAGCUGUCAUCCAACCAGUGCUCUGGCUAUGAAUCGGGUGAUGCAGUAAAGGAGCACAGCAACCCAGCAAAUACUCCUUUAGAAACUAACACUUGUUCAGAGCCAAAUCAGGAAAAUGCUUCGGAAAAUGUCCAGACUGUAGAUUUAACUUCUAAGGAAGACCUGCACAACCUAGACCCGCAGUCCUGUAGAACUGCUCAUGAAAAGAGGCACAUGCGGGUGUUGAGUGUAGACAGUGGGACAGAUGUGCUUUUAAGUAAGAACUUUGUGGAGGUAUCUGACAAGGAAAAGACCUUACCAACUUCUAAAUCAGAUCUAGAAGCUAAAGAAGGACAGAUGCCCAAUGAAUCUAACUUUCUAGAAUUUGUCUCCCUCUUGGAAUCCAUUAAUACCUCAAAGAUGAAGACAUCUAAUCAAUCCAGUGUCAAAACGGAGACAACAAAGGAAAAUGGGUUUGUUGGAGAUAGCCAGAUGACGGAAAGAAAAGAAGAAAUGGUGGGAACAGAAAAGCACUGUGAGCAGCUUCCUAAACAGGAAAGAUCAGAUGUGCAAAGCCAAGAUCAUGCUAGUACUAGUCCGGUGCUACCAGAGUCUGCCAAAUUUGCAGCACUUUACCAGGGCAGCAGGCAAAGACAGAUAAUCUACCGGGUAACUUCUCAGCAAGACAGUUCUGUCUUGCAAGUAAUAAGUGGACCUGAGGCAUCUGUGCAAGAUGAGCUCUCCGUGGAUGCAAUGCACGUGUUCAUAGAUGAAAAUGGGGAAAUUAGAUCCUGCUAUUUAAAAGCUGGCUGUCAGAAGGAAGGAAAUUUUAGACAUCAGCUAUCAAAUUGUGAUUGUAUGUCAAAUGCUCAUGAAAUACAGUUCAGCUCCUCUAGUACUACCACUUCAGAGAGCCAAGAGCCAUCUUCUGGGGAUCAAGCAGCGAGUGCACUUCAGCAACAGCUCCUACUGAUGGUGGCACGAAGGACCCUUUCAGAAAGCCCACGGCAAGCCAACCAGGACCCUGAGGAUUCUUCAUGUUCUUCAGCACAACGAAAACUGAACAGGCAGUUUUACAGAUUUGUUAUAUUUCCUGGCAAAUGGAUUAAAGUCUGGUAUGAUCGACUUACCUUGUUGGCAUUGUUGGACAGGACAGAAGAUAUAAAGGAGAAUGUAUUUGCUGUACUUCUAGUAGUUCUUGUUUCGCUUCUUGGAUUCCUGACUCUGAAUCAAGGCUUCUGUAAAGACAUUUGGGUUCUGUUAUUCUGUCUUGUGAUGGCCAGUUGCCAGUAUUCUCUCCUAAAGAGUGUUCAGCCUGAUCCAGCUUCACCAAUACAUGGACACAAUAAAAUCAUAAUCUACAGCAGACCUGUAUAUUUUUGUAUACUGUGUGGCCUUAUUUUGCUGCUAGAUGCUGGAUCUAAAGACACAAAUCCUUCUGUUUAUACAAUGUAUGGCUUGAAGCUCUUUUCGCCCAGAUCUCUCCAGUCAGCCAGAGACCACGUAAUAGUGUUCUUAUAUUGCUUUCCUGCAAUUUCUCUCCUUGGACUUUUCCCUCAAAUCAACACUUUCUGCAUAUAUCUUUUGGAACAAAUAGAUAUGUUGCUUUUUGGUGGUUCUGCUGCCGCUGGGUUUGUAUCUGCGCUAUACAGCAUUUCCCGAAGCUUUGUCGUUCUGAUUGUCCUAUAUGCUUUCUGCUUCAGUGCAGUAAAGGAACCCUGGGAUGCACAACACAUUCCAGCACUGUUCUCUGCUUUCUGUGGUCUUCUAGUUGCACUUUCUUAUCACCUCAGCAGACAAAGCAGUGACCCAUCUGUACUGAUGUCCCUUAUUCAAUGCAAAUACGUCCCUCACUACCUACGCCAACGAUUUGAAGAUUCAUCAGCAGAUCCGCUCCCAGAAAAAAUGAGAGAAUCGGUGAAAGAAAUCUUGAAAUCGGAUCUCAUUGUUUGCACAGCAGCUGCUGUUCUGUCAUUUGCUGUCAGUGCCAGUACUGUGUUUCUAUCAUUAAGGCCGUUUCUCAGCAUUGUCCUGUUUGCUUUAGCAUGGACUGUGGGAUUUGUAACACAUUACCUACUUCCUCAGCUUCGCAAGCAUCACCCCUGGCUGUGGAUCUCCCAUCCCAUACUUAAAAGCAAAGAACACCAGCAGCGGGAAGUGAGAGAUGCUGCUCAUCUGAUGUGGUUUGAAAGGCUCUAUGUGUGGCUACAGUGCUUUGAGAAAUACAUUUUAUAUCCAGCUAUAAUACUGAAUGCACUCACGAUUGAUGCUUUCUCAAUUAGUAAAUACAAGAAGCUUGGUACACACUGUGACAUUAUCCUGAUAACAGUUGCUGGGAUGAAACUCCUCCGCUCCUCCUUCUGUAAUCCUAUUAAUCAAUUUGUUACUUUGAGCUUUACUGUAAUCUUCUUCCGAUUUGACUACAGAGACAUUUCAGAAAAUUUCUUGCUGGAUUUCUUCAUGAUGUCCAUUGUGUUUCAUAAGCUGUGGGACCUACUGCAGAAGUUGCAGUUCAUCAUGACAUACAUUGCUCCCUGGCAGAUUGCCUGGGGAUCAUCGUUCCAUGUUUUUGCUCAGCUAUUUGCAAUACCUCACUCUGCUAUGCUUUUUUUUCAAACUCUGGCCACUUCAGUCUUUUCUACACCACUGAGUCCAUUUCUGGGAAGUGUCAUCUUUAUUGCAUCGUAUGCAAGACCAAUCAAGUUCUGGGAGAAAAAUUACAACACCAAAAGAUCGGACCAUUCCAACACCAGACUGGCAAUUCAGAUCGAAAAGGAUGCAGGAAAUGAUGACAAUAAUCUCAACUCCAUUUUUUAUGAGCAUUUGACAAGAUCUCUGCAGGAGUCUCUUUGUGGAGAUUUGAUUCUGGGCCGCUGGGGAAACUACAACACAGGGGACUGUUUUAUCCUGGCAUCAGAUUAUUUAAAUGCCUUUGUGCACUUGAUCGAAAUUGGAAAUGGCCUUGUCACCUUUCAGCUCAGAGGGCUCGAAUUUCGAGGGACAUAUUGCCAGCAGAGAGAAGUGGAAGCUAUAACAGAAGGGGAUGAAGACAACGAAGGCUGCUGCUGUUGUAAGCCUGGCCACUUGCCUCACUUGUUAUCAUGCAAUGCAGCCUUUAACCUCCGAUGGCUGACGUGGGAAAUAACACGAACCCAGUACAUCCUGGAAGGAUACAGCAUCAUUGAUAACAACGCUGCAACAAUGCUGCAAGUGUUCGAUCUGCGGAGAAUACUUAUCAGAUACUAUAUCAAGAGUAUAAUAUACUUUACAGCAAGUUCUCCCAAAAUCCUUGACUGGAUAAAAGACGAAUCCAUCCAAAAGAUACUGCAGCCUUAUGCGAAGUGGCAUUAUAUUGAACGUGACCUUGCAAUGUUUAACGUUAACAUAGAUGAAGAUUAUGUUCCGUGCCUCCAAGGAAUAACGAGAGCUAGUUUCUGCAGUGUUUAUCUGGACUGGAUUCAGUUCUGUGCUAGAAAAAGAGAAGAGCACCUGGACAGCGAUGAAGAUUCUCCUCUAGUGACGCUUUCCUUUGCCUUGUGUAUAUUGGGUCGAAGAGCUUUGGGAACUGCAUCUCACAAUAUGGCCAUCAGCUUGGACUCUUUUCUUUAUGGGCUUCAUGCACUGUUCAAAGGAGACUUUCGGAUAGCAGCAAAGGAUGAAUGGGUCUUUGCAGACAUGGAUCUCUUGCAUAAGGUUGUUGCCCCAGCAAUCCGAAUGUCGCUGAAGCUACACCAGGACCAGUUCACCUGCCCAGAUGAGUACGAGGACCCAGCAGUUUUGUAUGAAGCAAUCCAGUCCUUUGAAGAAAAGGUUGUGAUCUGUCACGAAGGGGACCCAGCCUGGCGCAGCGCUGUGCUCUCCAACCGAGAGGAGCUGCUGACCCUGAGACAUGUGGUAGAUGAAGGAGCAGAUGAAUAUAAAGUUAUCAUGCUCCACAAAAGCUACCUGAGCUUCAAGGUGAUCAAGGUCAACAAGGAGUGCGUCAGAGGGCUUUGGGCUGGGCAGCAGCAGGAACUGAUUUUCUUACGCAAUCGUAACCCGGAGAGAGGAAGCAUCCAGAACAAUAAACAGGUCUUGCGGAACUUAAUUAAUUCUUCGUGUGAUCAGCCACUGGGAUAUCCAAUGUAUGUUUCCCCUUUAACCACCUCGUACCUUGGGACACACAGCCAACUGAGGAACAUUUGGGGGGGACCUGUCAGUUUGGACAACAUUAAAAAGUGGUUCAAAUCCAAAUGGUUAAGAAUGCGGAAGGACUGCCACGCAGCAGCUCACCACGAGAGAGGUAACGUUGAAGAGGUGGAUAGUGGAGGGAUGUCUUCAUCUGGCAACCAUUCCACAGGCAAUUCAAGCCAGAGCAGUAGCUCACAGCCCACGAGAGAUGGAACCCCUCAGUUACAAGCUUCAUCUCAAGAGGUGCAUCAGCGGGCAGGCAGGAGAAAACCCAGGAGUCAGUCUGUCCAGGCACACAGUGCUUUAAACCAAAGGCCCCCAGCUUCAAGUCACUCUGGACCAAUUGUAGAAAGCCGCCAGCCUUUCAUCCAAACAUCUACAUCUGCUCACGAAAUUGCCCAAAGGCUUUCUAGUAGUCAGCUGUCAUUCCACAAUUCAGCAACAUCUGUGUUUUCCCAGUCCCCUGCUGUUCCUGUUGCUGGCCAGCUGACUGUGCAGGACCGAGCUGCAGCAAUGCUCAGGUCCAGUCUGGCCUCUUCCACCAGCUCAACUCUCAGCCUGCUGUUUGGCAAGCGAAGUUUUUCAAGUGCUUUGGUGAUUUCUGGGCUCUCAGCUGCAGAUGGAGGUAACACCAGUGACACCCAGUCAUCCAGCAGUAUGAAUAUUGCCAUGGGUCCUUCUGCUAGAGCAGCAAGUCAGGCAGCUCGGCAACACGCUGAGACCUGUGAAGCAACUGAUGCUGCAGAACCCAGACCCCAGCGAGAGGCAGGUCCGGUCCAUGCCGUAUUCAUGAGCCGGAACCUGGAGUGCAGAAGGGCCAGCCAAGAAGAUAUGGCCCUGGAAGACACUGCUUCUCAGCAAAGCCUGUCUGAGGAGCAGUAGGGAGCAUUCCCAGCACAAGGGCCACGCGCUUCUUAGGAUUAAAUAAGGACAGAGUUAGGUCAGGAAGCUGCACAUGGGUUUAGGUUCUUUCAAAUGUAAUAAGCAACCUUCAAAUGUUUAUUUUUCUAACUUCUACACGAGAAUACUACAGGGCAGAUGCUCUUCAGCUAAUGGCCUUCGCAUGGGUAGGGUUGGAAGAUAUCCUAAAAAACACACAGUGCCACUUCAUCUCAGGUUCUUGUAAAUCCUAGAACAAUGAAUACAACCUGUUUAACGUUCCUUCCCCUGGAACGGUUAGAAUCACAAAUGAAUACAGUAGGAAAUAUUAAUACAACUCAGUGAAAAGCACACAAGACAUCUCUUUCCUGCCAUAACUAAACAGCUGAUUGCAUGCAAACUAACUGAAAUUUGAUAUAUAACAUAUAGCAAAAGGCAACUAUGAACAGAAGCAAUGAAUACAGAAAAGGACAGUACAACGUGCUGUAACAUUAGAGCUAAAUCUGAUUUUUUUUUUUUCCAACAGCAAGCCUCUUAUUUUUCUUUAACCUGUUAUGCAGGUUCUAAUGCUGAAGAGCAACAUAGCAUCACAGACGUAUAUACUGCAUGCAGCCAUCCUGAAAUAGUGUGAACGAGCCAUGCUACACAGAUUAACAAAAGUCAAGUGUUAAGAAAAGAAAGUAUCCAGUGCAUGGAAAGUCUUCAAAGCAUAUGGUGCACCUUAUUUGCAAAGCAGCUUUGCAUAAAUUAGGUAUUAUCUCGUGUUCCUGUUUGAUUUACAGCAGUGUUUCUCAAAUUCCAAGCAAUGGUACCCUCAGGAGUUGCAAAAGGGCCCAGGGGAAUCCUUGAGGAGGACAGGAAAGUGCAAAGCAGGCUGUAAUUAUUGUCUGGAAGUGUUUGUGUUAGGAAGGGAACAGUUAAAUGCCUUUAAUUGCUGGACACAGCUCAGUGUCCAUAAACACUUGUAGCCAGUAAUUACAGAACCCUCCGAUUUCCCUCCCCCACAGAAGCUGAGCUGCUGCCAAUUUAAUAGUGGCAUAAAGAUAGAUAAUGCAAAAAGGGAGGCCAUGCUUUCACAAGGUUUGAGAAACACUGAUUUACAGGAAUGCAUGAGUAUUUUGGAAGGCAAAAGGCUACAACAAAUCCUUCCUCUACUACAGAGUCUAAACACACAUGGGUGUGGUGUUUUUUUUUUUUUUUUAAUUAAAAAAGAAUUGCAGCUAUCAGUGUCUUGCUGUUCCUCUUUACUGUAACUACCAUAGAUUGUUUCUAAAUCUCAACACGAUGACGUGCAGCCAGGCUGUCUUGUCCCAAUUAACAAGAGAGACUUAACAAGAGAUGCUGUAGCUAAGUAUCAUUACUGUUAGGCAAUACUCAGUUGCAUUCUGAUCUUCCUACUGUGCCACACUUCAGAUCUGAGUAGUAGAACUAAGUAACACCGAGUGAAAAUAAAAUGAUUCAAGUACGUUUUGUGUGA